UCUCUCUCUGGCAGCAAGGUUCAAAUUCCAGCAGGCUCCUCCUCCUCCUCCUCGUCCCCCCUCGUGGAGCUGACAGUUCACAGAAACAAGCUUCAGCUCGUCUUUGUCAUCAUCAUCAUCAUCACGCCUUGGCGCCCUCUUUUGUCAGUCAUGGGGGUGAACAAGGUCAAAGUGAGCUGUGACCGCCCCACCAGGACCAAGGGUCUCUUUACCAGCGUCAAGUUUUUUGUCUUGUGUCAAAGUUUGCUGCAGCUGGCGCAGCUUCUGGUGUCAGGGUACAUGAAGAGCUCCAUCUCCACCAUCGAGCGGCGUUACGGACUCUCCAGCCAGAAGUCGGGGCUCCUGGCGGCCUUCAACGAGGUGGGGAACACGCUCCUCAUCGUCUUUGUCAGCUUCCUGGGGAGUCGGCUCCAUCGGCCACGGGUAAUCGGCUGCGGUGCUCUGCUAGCGUGCCUGGCCUCGCUGCUCAUGGCGCUACCGCACUUCCUUAGCAGGCGUUAUGAAUAUAGUGACAUCAUAUCAGCCAAGAACAUGUCCGGCCUCUGUCAGAUGGAGAGUCCUCUCGUCGCCCCGACGUCCAGUCAGGACUGCGGCAGGCAGGAAAGCCCCGCUGACAACGGCAUUUACCCUCUGCUGCUGCUGGCUCAGCUUCUGCUGGGCAUCGCUUCCGUGCCCAUCCAACCUUUUGGGAUAUCCUACAUCGACGACCACGCCAGCAAGAAGAACUCGCCGCUCUACCUCGGCAUCCUCUUGGCUGUCACGUCUAUUGGCCCGGCCUUGGGCUUCCUCAGUGGUGCCUUCCUUCUGCGCUUCUAUGUGGACUUUGACACCAUGCCUGAAGACCAGAUCCACUUGGACCGCAGUGACCUACGCUGGGUCGGCGCCUGGUGGCUCGGCUUCCUCGUGGCAUCCUGCCUCCUCUUCCUGACAGCGCUGCCCUACUUCUUCUUCCCCCGACACAUGCCCCCUGAGGAUGAGUCAGAAGCAGACACCAAGUGUGAGAGCGACCUUUUCCAGGAAGUCAGCCUUCUUCACUUCCUUAAAAGUUUUCCCAGCAUCGCAAUGCGCACGCUGCUGAGUCCCGUCUACCUCCUGGUGGUCCUGGCCCAAGUUAACAUGGCAGCCCUAUUGGCCGGCCUCAUCACCUUCAUGGCCAAGUUCAUUGAGAGGCAGUUCAACCAGACUGUGGUCUUCUCCGCCGCGCUGAUCGGCGGAAUUUGUAUCCCGCUGGCCGUCCUGGGAACCGUCAUGGGCGGAGUCUUGAUGCGGCGAUGGUCUCUUCGUGUCAGCGGCGCCAGCAAGCUCUGCGUCACUGUCAUCAUUCUCGGCAUUGGUCCCGCCCUUCCUCUGCUCUUCAUCGGCUGCCCCACCCAGCAGGUUUCUGGCGUCUUCCCGCCACGGACUGAUGCGCUGUUGUGCAGUGAAUCUUGUCAGUGUGUUCAGAACGUUUUUCAUCCAGUGUGCGGCUCAGACGGAGUGGAGUUUACGUCUCCCUGUCAUGCUGGCUGCAUUGCCAUGGAAACGGACAACAGUGGCAAAGUCCUUAACUUCACAGAGUGUCGAUGUGUGGGCGGGGUCAGCGGCUCAGCCACACCAAGAAGCUGUGGCAGUGGGUGUGGCCACCUCCUCCUUCCCUUUGUGGUUCUGCUGGGCAUCAGCGGUCUCAUGGUGUCCCUGUCCCAUACACCGUCUUUUGUCAUCAUCCUCAGGAUGGUGCCAGCCCAGGACAAAUCCUUUGCUGUGGGGGUCCAAUACAUGCUCUUCAGAGUCCUUGCCUUUAUGCCCGGUCCGGUUCUGUAUGGCACUGUGAUCGACUCCACGUGCAUCCUGUGGGACAGGAAGUGUGGGAAGCAGACUUCCUGUCUCUACUACAACUUGGAGCGCUUUCGACACAGGUUUUUGGGUCUUCAGUUGGUCUUCAUGUGCGGGGGUCUGGUCUGCUUCAUCUUGACUGCUGUGUUCCUGCACAGGAGGGCGCAGUCUCGUGGCUCUGAGGACGCAGACGGAGGCGUCUAUGAGCUGGUGCACAGGCGCAAACCAGAAGUCGACAAAGUUCAGACCUGACGUAGUGUGCAACUGCCACCAUGCUAUGAUUUUUUUUGUCCGUGUUUUCUUCCUUUUAUGCCAUGCAGUUCCCCUGACGUCCACCAGAGGCUAGUGAAACACGCUACACGCGGUCGUGUCUAUAAUCCUUUUGCUACCAGCUUUAGCAAAAGCAGCACAGCUACUUGGCCGCCAUCUUGUCCUGUACAUGGUCAAUGUCCUUUUCCCGUCAUUUUCUUGAUAUUUUUUCAUAAAAAGUACAUUUUGUGCCUUUAUUCUUCCUUGACCAACAUGAAGAUGAAAAAAAAAGUAGGACAGACUUGUUGUUGUAAUUAUUUGCUUCAGGAAUGUGUCAGCAAAAUCAAAACCAUAUGUCUCACGCACUCGCACACACACAGGCUGCCUCCGUGCUGCAGCUUCGUGCACAUUGUGGAGGAGGAGCCGUCGAAUGGUUAGUGUGUAACAUGAUGUGUUCCACAUGCAGUGACUUCAUUGUGUGUUAGAAAGUGUUUCUUUAAUGUUGUUGUUGUUGGGGGCAAACAAAAGGUUUUGUUUGCUGCCCCACCUCGCAAAAGAAUUGCCUUCCUCACUUCGUCCUGAUGGUGGCACUAGAGUCACAUUUGUUUUUUCUAUUGUCUUUAUUUCUUUGGAACACAAAUGUCACAAAAGUGUAACAAGAGUGUAACACCAAUAAAAGGUUUGUGAUAAAAAAGGAUCUUUUGAACUCGUGAACAUGCGAAGUGUUUGAAGGGCAUCUUGAAUAUUUCCAC